CAUUAACAUCAUUUGUUUUGUUUUUUUUUUUUUUAAACCACAAUUCAUUCGACUCAUUACAUUAAUUCACUUUUGCUUCAUCCACCCAAGUAUAUUAAGCUCAUGCGAUCCUUUAUUGCUCUCCCUUUAAGUGUUCUACUUGUGUCCACAUUAGUGGUCCGUUCGGAGGCACAACAGCUUUGCAAUGGCUAUGCAGAACUGUGUGGCAAGACCUAUGACAAGGUCGCAUACGCCACUACUCACAAUGCCUAUGCAUAUACACCACCAGGGUCAUUAGCUACUAACCAGGAUAACGACAUUCCCACUCAGUUGAAGGAUGGCAUCCGCGCCUUCAUGUUAGACGGCUAUCCUACGACCCCCAACAGUCCAAACGACAUUCAGCUGUGCCACACUUCCUGCGAUAUGCUAAAUGCUGGUCCACUUUCUAAGGUUUUGGGACAGAUCAAAACUUUUAUGGACGAGAACCCUAAUGAGGUCAUUACAAUUCUUUGGGAGAACGCUGGCAACUUGAAGCCUGCUCAAUUUCGGGCCGCCUACACUGCCGCAGGAAUGGACAAGUAUUCUCAUGCUCAGACUGCUGGUACCACUGCAUGGCCUACGCUUGCCCAGAUGAUUUCGAGUGGAAAGCGUUUGGUUACUUUUCUUGAUAAAGGCGCUGAUGCCUCUGUUCCAUGGUUAAUGGCAGAGUACAAUUUUAUUUUCGAGACUCCAUGGCACGUUACUAAAGAUAGCCCUUAUCCUUGUACCAUUGAUCGCCCUAAGGAUCAGCGCAAACAGAUGUACGUCCUGAACCACUUUAUUUAUGGACAAUUCGAAUUGGGUGGCGAAUCCAUUAGCAUACCUCAACCGGGUGCUGCAAAUCAAACGAACAGUGCUGAUCUGACGAGCCACAUCAAUGACUGUCAGAAGACAUUUAAGCAGAUCCCUAGCUUUAUUGCUGUGGAUUUCUAUCAAAAGGGAUCAGUUAUGCAGGCAUUAGCCCAAAUCAAUGGAGUCAAGUGGAACCGCCAAGAGCCCACCCAGAAGGGAGUAACGGGUGGGUCUGGAGCUGGAUCAGGGUCGGGAAGUGGCUCAGAAUCAGGGUCCAAGAAUGAAGCUCUAGGACGAAGGUAUACCAACAUUGGAGCCAUGACUGUAGUUGCUUUGGCGGGGGGUAUUGCUAUGAUGGCUUUUUAAUUUAAUAAUACUUCACACGCAUACGUAGACUAUUCACCUUUUUUAUUUUGUAGUUGUAGUUAUUGUUGCUCUCUUCUAAUUGGGCAAGUCUUUUUAUUUAUUUAUUUAUCUUAACUCUGGGUCGUAACGGUAGUUGGUAAUAAUAAUAUUCAAUAAAUAUCCCG